AUGUCUCCCGAGAUUGAACAUGUAGAACCUUUAGACGAUGAAGUUGAAUCUUAUUCCGAAACCAUUGAAUUAGUGAGUGAUGAACCUGACCUAUAUAUUAAUGAUGAGCCUGAGACCUCUCCAGACCCACCUGUAAAUGAUGAGACAAAAUCCAGAAAUGAAGAAGCUACCACUCAAGCAGAAACGUUAUCUCCCACAUAUCCAGCUAGGAAACAGCGAGAGGUCUGUCUCCGUCAAAAAGCUAUCGAACUUGACGAGGAUCCAGAUAAGUUUGUGACCAUAACUGAGAAGGAUAAGCUCGAUUCCAUUGCAUUUAAGGAUAAGAUGCAGACCGACGCAAGAAUGUGUGACCAUGUAAAGGAAGGCGAUGAAGACCCCAAAGAAUAUAUGCUCAUGAAAGUAUGUGAUAGAUUAAUAGGAGAAAAAAUAAUUCGUCGUUAUGAUGAAGAACACGGAAUUGCCUCAUCAUGGCUCGAUAUCGACGAGGAAUGGAAAAAAACUGUUAACAUACUUCAAGAAAAUGGUAUGUUAUG